GCUACAUCUAUUUCCGGAUUACCAACUUCGUAAGAGUGAUUUCCCCUUAAACUUGUACGCGCAUGCGCCCGGUCUUUCUUCCUUUGCCGGCGAACACGGAACGAAGAACUGAAAAUGACUAUCACCGUAGGAAUCAACGGAUUUGGCCGAAUUGGCCGUUUAGUCUUCAGGGCUGCUAUGGAGUCUGGUGGUGUAGAUAUUGUAUCCAUCAAUGAUCCUUUCAUUGACCUAGACUACAUGGUGUACAUGUUUAAAUAUGACUCCACUCAUGGUAGAUAUAAGGGAACUGUUACGACCAAGGACGGUAAACUUGUCAUCGAUGGAAAAUCUAUCACUGUACAUAAUGAGAGAGAUCCAGCUAAUAUUCCAUGGGGCAAAGACGGUGCUGAAUAUGUUGUUGAGUCUACUGGUGUAUUCACAACAUUGGACAAAGCUAACGCUCACUUGACAGGCGGUGCAAAGAAGGUCGUCAUCUCGGCCCCCUCAGCUGAUGCACCUAUGUAUGUUGUUUUUUCAAUGAAAAGAAAUGUAAAAAACUUAAUAUUUGUUUUUAGUAACGCAUCCUGCACCACAAACUGUCUAGCUCCCCUAGCUAAGGUCAUCAAUGACGAGUUCGGUAUAGAACAGGGUUUGAUGACCACUGUACAUGCUUACACUGCCACCCAGAAGGUUGUAGAUGGGCCAAGCUCAAAGGACUGGCGUGGAGGCAGAACUGCUGCCCAGAAUAUUAUUCCAUCAUCUACUGGUGCCGCCAAAGCUGUAGGAAAAGUUAUCCCUGAAUUGAACGGAAAAUUGACCGGUAUGGCAUUCCGUGUACCAACCCCUGACGUUUCUGUCGUAGAUCUGACUGUUACCCUAAAAAAGAAAGCGACCUAUGAUCAGAUCAAGGAUGCUGUAAAGAAAGCAAGUGAAGGUCCAAUGAAGGGUGUUCUUGCUUACACCGAGGAUAUGGUUGUUUCCUCAGAUUUCAUUGGUGAUAAAAACAGUAGCAUCUUCGACGCAAAGGCCGGCAUUGCUCUUACUGAAAACUUUGUCAAGCUUGUUUCUUGGUAUGACAAUGAAUGUGGUUACAGCAACCGUGUCAUUGAUCUGAUCAAGUAUAUGAACACAGUAGAUAAAGCUUAAAUCAGAGACGGAUAAAUAGCUUCCUUAAUACACAAAUUAGGUGACAGAUUGACAUUUGUGAUCUAGUAUAGACUUAAAUUAAAAAUAUUAUAGGGAUAAAUUAUCCUCCUUUAUAUAUCAUUGUGAUGCAUUUAAUGUCAGACAUGAAAGCAUAAUAAAUGGUGAGAUUUUUUUUUCUUUUUAAUUAUAAAAGUGACGAUUGUUUUUAAUAACAAGUGAUUUUACAUUUUAUUUUAAUACAGUUUUUGAGUGUUUUCGUUAUAUUAUAAAAACAGCUGUUAGAGUUUGGACAUUUGUCCUGUAAAGAAUAUAUUAAAGUUAAGCGUUUAUUCCUGUUCUUUUGAUUUUUUUCAGGUUUUUUUUUCUUUUUUUCAUACACCUCCGUUAAUGUGUAUUUAGUGUUAUUUAACUACUCAUUCUAUGUGAAUUAUGUAUUACAUAUGUGUUUUUAAAACUGAAGUUGUGUGCAAGGGUGGAUUUUCUUUGUUUAUCUGUGUCUAUACGCAGAGAAAACACUUUAAACUCCCGGCAUGAACUUCUUCCCAAGCCAGAUGUAUAGUGCUAUAAAUAACCUAUUUAAGGUUAUGGUUGACGGCCCUGAUUAGAGAACGAGUUAUCUCCCAGGUUACCUCCCUUCUCUAUCAGGGUACAUAGACCUUACAUGUUUUGUUUUUGUCAUAAAUGUACUGAUGUUCACGCACAAGGAAUCAAUACCACCAGAUAAGCCUAGACUUGUAUAUACAUUCAGCAGCCUUGUCCAUCAAGUAGAUUUGUACAACUCAAUUAAUGUUAAAAAAAAUUGAUAUAACAUAGUAAGUGAUUAUUUAAGAGGCUGUUAAUUCACGAAAAUUUUCUUGAGACUAUAAAAGAAAAGAAACUACGUACAGUAAAGAACUGAACAUACAUAUUUUAAGGGGAUGUAGAUCUGUAAUUGUUAUUAAUG